AUCUUUUUAGAUAGAUAUGGUUCAAGCUUUUUCAGGACAAGUUGAGGCCUUCAAAAGUGAAGCACUUGAGUGCAUAACUUUUCAUUAUGUUCACUCAAUCGAAGACUUUGAAAAUGAUCGCGUAACGUUUAAACCACAGUUUGCUCAUCAGAUAUUUGGAGAGGAUGAGACAAUUUUUGGAUACAAGGACCUGGCAAUAGACAUGUACUACACAGCCGGAACUCUCAAAUGCUUCAUUCGCGUUAAUUAUUCAGGAAGAAUUGAGGAGUCAAUUGAAGCUAAGGUUGAUGAUGACCCUCAAGAGAGCUUGAAGAAGAAUUUUACAAAUGGAAUCAUAUCGUCGGAAUUCGACUUCUUGAAAGAACUAAAAAAAGACGAGGCUUUCAAACCACACGGAAUGCUGCUUACUCAAUAUUCUCGUUAUGAUGAUCACAAGGAAAAGUGUUUCUGCCUAUUUAAAUCAGAUAGCACUACUCCUGGGUUUUUGAGCUACCACAAAGAUAUGCAGACAUUUCUCACAUGGUUCAUCGAUGGCUCCAGUUUCAUUGAAGACGAUGACCCCGAGUGGAAGUUCUAUACAAUAUAUGACAAGUUCUCUCUCAACGGAAACACUAGAUACGCGUUUGUUGGCUAUUGUACCGUCUAUCUCUUCUAUUGCUACCCUGAUUUAAAGAGGGCUCGAGUCAGCCAGUUCCUAAUUUUGCCUCCGUAUUUGAGAAAGGGACAUGGGUCGCAGCUGUUGCGAAUGAUUUACGAUGAUUUGAAAACCAUGAACGAAGUACAAGACAUAACAGUUGAGGAUCCUUCCGAAGACUUUGUGUCCAUGCGGGACUCAGUGGAUUGUCAAUAUAUUGUCCAAAACUUCCCCGCGAUUAUGGAGUCCCCGGGAAAAAUGAAACCUCUGUCUAAACAGUUGAUACUGCAGUGCCAAACAGCAACCAAGAUAAAUAAGAAGCAGUUCAAGCAUGUUUAUAGCAUUUUGGAGUUUUACUUUUUGAACGGAAAGGAGAAGAAAGCGAUGCAAAAGUACAGGAAAAGUCUGAGAGAUCGUAUCAGGAAGUCGCUGGAGCAACCAAAAACAAAGCUGAGUGCUCUCCAGCUAAAAGAAGAAGCAGCUGCAGAUUAUGACGAAAACAUGGACACAGAUGCUGCUCAGAGGCCUUCGGUGUUGUCUGGCGAAUACCUGGAGACACAAGUUGAAGAGAUGUAUGAUCGGCAACUCACUCACAUCAUGCAAGUGUCUACCAAAUUGUCAUCUGUGCUGUAAUCUCAACUUGCAUCAAGUUUUUCAUUGAAGUGAGACCAACAUGAAAUGAAAUUGAAUUAAGUAAUUGUAAAAAAGCACAAAUGAACAUUUUUGAUUUGUAGUGAGUGAAAGCGUCCAAGUGCAGCUAGUUAUUUGAGUUUUAUCUCCAAAUAAUGAAGUGGUUCGUUAUCGAUGAGUGUUGUUGUUUUUGUUUUUAAUUUUGUGAUUAUUAUCAAUGAAGUGGAAUUGAUUUAUAAGACA